AGCACUGUGAAAGCGAUCGUUAAGACGAAGCGAUAAUUUAAAGCGAAUUUACAAAACCUUUUUAUAAAAUACGUUUGUGUCUGUAAGGUGUAAAUUUGUGCGUUAAAUUAUACAAGAUGCCUGAAGAAAACCAAAAUGGUGAAGUUGAAACCUUUGCCUUCCAGGCAGAAAUUGCCCAGUUGAUGAGUUUGAUCAUCAACACUUUCUACUCGAACAAGGAAAUUUUCCUGCGAGAACUGAUUUCCAACUCUUCAGAUGCUCUGGAUAAAAUCCGUUACCAGUCGCUCACAAAUCCAUCAUGUUUGGACAGCGGCAAGGAUCUUCAUAUUAAAAUCAUCCCAAACAAAAAUGAGGGCACACUUACCAUUAUUGAUACUGGUAUUGGUAUGACUAAGGCAGAUCUGGUCAACAACUUGGGUACCAUCGCAAAAUCUGGAACUAAAGCUUUUAUGGAAGCGUUGCAAGCAGGCGCAGAUAUCAGUAUGAUUGGUCAGUUUGGUGUAGGCUUCUACUCUGCUUACUUGAUUGCCGAUCGAGUCACGGUAAUCUCUAAAAACAAUGAUGACGAGCAGUACAUCUGGGAGUCUUCUGCUGGCGGAAGCUUCACCAUCCGCCCUGAUCAUGGAGAACCACUGGGUCGUGGUACAAAAAUCCUUCUACACAUCAAGGAAGAUCAAACUGAAUUCCUAGAAGAAAAUAAGAUUAAGGAAAUCGUUAAGAAACAUUCGCAGUUUAUCGGAUACCCAAUUAAACUCUUGGUAGAGAAAGAGAGGGAAAAGGAACUGAGCGAUGAUGAGGCUGAAGAGGAAAAGAAGGAUGAGGAGGACACCGAUAAACCAAAAAUUGAGGAUGUAGGAGAAGAUGAAGACGAGGACAAGAAAGACGAAAAGAAAAAGAAGAAGAAGACCAUUAAAGAGAAGUACACUGAAGACGAAGAACUAAAUAAGACGAAACCCAUCUGGACCAGAAAUCCAGACGAUAUCAGUCAAGAAGAAUAUGGUGAAUUUUACAAAUCGCUCACCAAUGACUGGGAAGAUCAUCUGGCUGUAAAACAUUUCAGCGUAGAAGGUCAGCUGGAAUUCCGUGCUCUUCUGUUUGUACCACGUCGUGUGCCAUUCGAUCUCUUCGAAAACAAGAAACGCAAAAAUAACGUCAAAUUGUAUGUACGCCGUGUAUUCAUUAUGGACAACUGCGAAGACAUCAUCCCAGAAUACCUCAACUUCAUUAAGGGUGUUGUAGAUUCCGAAGAUUUGCCUCUAAACAUUUCUCGUGAAAUGUUGCAACAGAACAAGAUCCUCAAAGUCAUCCGUAAGAACUUAGUCAAGAAAUGUUUGGAACUCUUCGAAGAAUUGUCAGAUGAUAAGGAUGGCUACAAGAAGUUCUAUGAACAGUUCUCGAAGAACCUCAAGUUGGGUAUCCAUGAAGACUCGCAGAACAGGGCCAAAUUGGCAGAUUUACUACGCUACCACACUUCUGCCAGUGGAGACGAAGCCUGCUCGCUCAAGGAUUAUGUCAGCCGCAUGAAGGAGAACCAGAAGCACGUCUACUAUAUCACGGGCGAAAGCAAAGAACAAGUAGCGCACUCGGCCUUUGUCGAACGUGUCAAGAAACGUGGCUUCGAGGUAGUCUACAUGACCGAACCCAUCGACGAGUAUGUUGUUCAACAGCUAAAGGAAUACGACGGUAAAUCCUUAGUUUCCGUAACCAAAGAAGGUUUGGAGUUGCCGGAAGAUGAUGAAGAAAAGAAGAAACGUGAGGAGGAUAAGGCCAAAUUUGAAGGCCUGUGCAAAGUCAUGAAGACCAUUUUGGACAAUAAGGUGGAAAAAGUAGUUGUAUCCAAUCGUCUAGUCGAAUCUCCAUGUUGCAUCGUAACAUCCCAAUAUGGUUGGUCGGCCAACAUGGAACGUAUCAUGAAAGCUCAGGCCCUUCGUGACACUUCCACCAUGGGUUACAUGGCUGCCAAGAAACAUCUCGAAAUCAAUCCAGAUCAUCCUAUCGUUGAGAAUCUACGUCAGAAAGCCGAAGCUGAUAAAAACGAUAAGGCUGUCAAAGAUUUGGUUAUUCUCCUCUUUGAAACCGCUCUACUUAGCUCUGGAUUCACCCUAGACGAACCUCAAGUCCAUGCUUCUAGGAUCUACAGGAUGAUUAAGCUGGGUCUGGGUAUUGACGAGGAAGAAGCUAUGGUUACGGAUGAAGCUCCAGCAGGGGAUGCCCCCACAGCAGAGGCUGGUGAUGCUGAGGAUGCUUCCCGCAUGGAAGAAGUUGAUUAAAUGGUGUAAGACUUUGGAACAUGUGUUGUAAUAUGUUCAGGUUCAUUCCUUUUUUUUUGUACAUAAUUUAUUCCGUAACUAUUUUGUACCGUUCUUUCUUUUCAUUGUAUUUAUUUUUUUUUUGUGAUGUACGUUGUCACAUAUUUUGUAGUUUUGGCUGUGUUAGAGUAUCUAACCAAAAGAGCAACUGUACCGAGUUCAUUUUAAUAAAAAUAAUUACAUUUUUAAUUUUUUUAUUCUCGAUGUUCAUAAGCUAAAUAAUGUCGCUUAAAAAUAAGUUGAUUUAAUUAAAAAGUAAUGUAAUAUACAUGAUGUCAAAUAAAUAUGUAGACAAACC